CCAUGGCUGCUGGAGAUGCAGGGCGAGGCCUCCCUUCGCUCUUUCCCGUGGCUUGUUCUCUCCCGGAAGCGGAAGUGGGCCACAAACCGGAAGCGGCUUCUGCCAGCAGUGGAUGCCCCUCCCUCCCUCCCUGUCUCCCUCACUCGCUGCCUGGCGAGGAUGAGGGGCGGCUGUGUGUUUUCGGCGGCUGUCCUGCUUUGGAGCCUCCUGGUCGCUGCAGCUGAACCAGAGGAAGCGACUGACCUGCUGUCUGAAAAGUCCAGAGAAAGCUCUUCGGAAAGCAGCCCUGCGCAGGGGAGCCCAGAUGGGCCCAAAGAGCGAGUGAAGUACAGGACGGCAGAGAUCGCUGAUGCCAUGAUGGGGAGCAGCAUGCCACCUGCGCAGUCCGUGGUACUUUCCAUCAUUCCAGCCAAGAUGAAGGAGAUGGGCGCAGGCACCUGCGACGCGACAGCUGAUGGCGAAUGCAACGCGCAGGCUGCUUUUUCGCCUUUUCCUCCAUCAGCAUCGCAAGCUCCAGAGUCAUCCGUAGAGCAACCCGUAGUUCUGGAAGCAGUGCAUCCUUCAUCGGCAGAAGACACGAAUAGUACAGACAGCAUGAAAACCCCUAAAGUGAACUGUGAGGAAAGGAAUAUCACGGGGAUCACAAAUUUCACGUUACAAAUCUUGAAUAUUUCCCAAGAUUUAAUGGAGUUCCUCAAUCCAAACGGCAGUGACUGUACCUUAGUCCUGUUCUAUACCCCUUGGUGCCGUUUCUCUGCGAAUCUAGCUCCUCAUUUUAAUUCUUUGCCUCGAGCAUUCCCAACACUUAGUUUCUUGGCCUUGGAUGCCUCUCAGCACAGCAGUUUGUCUACCAGGUUUGGAACAGUGGCCGUUCCCAACAUCCUUCUUUUCCAAGGAGCCAAGCCUAUGGCAAGGUUUAACCAUACUGAUCGGACCCUGGAAACAUUGAAAGCUUUUCUUUUCAACCAGACAGGGAUAGAGCCCAAGAUUGAUGUAGUAGUCACUGAAGAAGAUCAAGCAGGCCCAUUGCCCAGCACUCUGAGCAGAGGAGUAGACUGGCUACUUUUAUUCUCCUUGCUGUUUCUCAUCAGUUUCAUCAUGUAUGCUACUAUUCGUACAGAGAGCAUCCGGUGGUUAAUACCUGGCCAAGAUCAGGAGCAUCAGGAAUGACGUGCAAACUGUGAACUCUUUGUGUUUUCAGAUCAAGUUGAAAUACAUAAAAUUGUACAAUGGAUCAGCUCUUUGACUUUUUAUCUUUUGAGUCAGAACUGUGUUCAUCACAUAUUUAAAACCACACACCAUCACUUUGCUGAUUUUAUUUAUGGUACAAGAACUUUUCUUGAAUUAUUUAUUUACUUCUAAGUGCUUUAAAUUACAGUUUUGUAACAAAAACUACAGGAAAAUUUUGCACAUUGGAGAAUGACUACAAGUGCUUAAGAAUGUAGUAUGGAAAAAUGAGGUAUUGACUAUGAAAUGUUCUGGAAAAUUAUCUCAUCUUUCUGCUCUAGAGUUUUGCAUCUCAGAUGCUUUGGUAAGAUGUGUUGUCAUGUUAGUUAUAUUUGGUUGCAGUAUCUGACGAGGUGCUUCCCUAUUUGUACUAAUUAAUGUUAAGUGGGAAAUUUAUCAGAAUAGGUUUUGUCAGUUGCUUGGCUGCAUCCAGGGUCCUUUCCUGGGUAAAAGUAUGAUAGCUGGGACCCAACGGUACGCUACUUGUGUAAGGCGGUUCAGAAUAAAGGAAUGGAAGAUGAGCCCAAUGCAGAUCAGAAAGGGGGGGGAUAGAAAGGGGGGAACAAUAAACAGGGAAACAUUGUGGUUAAGGCAAGUAAACAAAUGUUAGAGUUUUUUUUACUGUUAAAUGCUAAACCACGCCUUAUGAAGACAGUAAACAGGAUAGAAAUGUUUUUUCUCCCCCUUUCUGGCGAACACUGGGCUGUCUCUUGCACGUGUUCCCUUCAUUAAUUCAGACCCGCAUUGCACAACCAGCGUAACCAGCAUUGGGUCCCAGCUAAAAUACUUUUACCCUUUCCUGAACCUAUAAUGCCACUGGAGAGAAUUGUGACACAUUGAUGCUUUCGUAAAUGUGUUUUUUUUUAUUACAAUAUUUAAGUGAGAGUGCUCAGGUAUCAAAACCUUAAAGAGAAGUUGUUCUUUCCGAUGAGCAAAAUGUAACAUUUGUGGCUGAACUUGCUAUAUAGUUUUUGCAUUCUAAAAGCAAGAAUGCAUAUGGAAAUAAAUAAAUUGCUAAAGCUGGGGAAAAGAAAA